AGAGAGAGAGAAAGGGAGGAAGGGACAAGGGGAGGAAGGAAGAGAGAGAGAAAGAAAAUGGAGACUAUCUCACCCCAUGCUCUCCUUCACGCAGCUUUGAGGCUGACAUUGGCAUUAUUCAUGUGUGAAAAAAAGUCAAGAAUGUAAUAAAACUGUACCUUAUACACAUAUAACCACAAAGGAUCUGUGUCCAAAGCAUAUAAAGAAAUUCUACCGGUCAAUAAUAACAAAUGUAAUAUAAAAAAUGGCCAGAGACAUGAGCAAGCAUUUCACAAAGUGAAAAGUAAAAAGCCAAUAAACAUACAAAAUACUAUCAAAGUCAUUAGUAAUCAGGGAAAUGCAAAGGAAAACCACAAUGAAAUAGUUUUUACCCUUGUAAGAGCACCGUCUCUAGCUGUCCAGCAUCCCCUGCAUCUCACUAGGCAUCGGCGUUUAUGAUGUUGUAAACACAGCCCCUUUUUAGCAACUAGAUGGCGAAAAUGACCAAGAUUCCACCAAGGCUACACAUCACUGAGAAUAAAAGCCUCUGAAAAGGAUAGAAACAGGAAAUAGGACAUUCUCCUAGCAACAGUCUAAAUCACAUCUUAAGACAAAUGAAAGGAAGAUCCAGCGAGGAUGUGGAGUUCUAGUCGCUUCCUUCUAGUUCAUGCUUGAGUUUCCCCUGAGAUGAAGACAGGAGAAGAGCUCCCUGUGGUUCGCAAAAUAUCCAGCGGUGCUGGAGAUGGUGAGGCAUUAUCCUGCUGAAAUUUUUAUUGGGAUAUUAGGGAGGGUCAGAAGUGAAUUAAAAUUUUAUUAAGUCCAAUGUAAAAAAACAAAUCCCCGUUCAUUUGGCCACUGUGAAGGGGAGUGCUCAAAUCCAGCAGAUGCCAUCGCACUGGCAUUGACUGUCCUGAACCCCAAACUGGGGAGGGGGCUGGGGCAAGCGCAGCCUUCAGCAGCUUGAACAAGGCCUGACCUUGUUUUGUCAUGUUAGGCCCUCAGCAUUUCACUCCACUGAGGCCUAGAGAGGAGUUUUACAGACUUUAUUGUCUCUGAAACAAUGUGUGUUAUUUAAACAAUGUAAUUAUCACAAAUUAACAAAAGCUGUUCAAAACUCCAACUGCUUCCUUUAAUUCUCUCCUCCAAGAGGUUAAUUAAGCAGUAUGGGGACUAUAUUUCAGUUUAUCCACUAAGACGAUACUCCAAAUCAGCUGUUGGGCUGCAAUAGUACAGAAUGACAGUGGAAUUUUUUUGUUUUAAUUCAAGCCUCUUAAAAAAAAUUCUCCUUACUCUGCGUCUUGACAAAGUAGUGAUCGCAAACAAUAUUGUGCAUCAGAAUCACCUGGAAGCCUUGUUACAGCACAAAAGAUUGUAGAGAUUCUGAUUCAGCAGGACUGGGGGUGGGCCUGAGAAUUUGCAUUUUUAACAAGUUCGCCGAUGAGGCGGAUGCCGUUGGUCCAGGGCCCCAGUUUGAUGCUUGAGCACUGGUGCUUGUCUUCCUUAAUUUCACCAGAACUUGGCGUACUUCAGGUUCAUUGUAGGAUAUUAAAUUGCCUCUGUAUCAAAAUUACAUUGGUUGCAAGAUGCUAACAGUUUUAAUAAUUAUUAAAGUUGGGAACGAAGGAAUAUGUAAAUAAAAGUCCAUGCUUUCACCUGCAAAUUUUGAAUGAGUUUUCAGCAGUGUUUAAGAUUCCUUAGAUCAACUUUCAAAGUGAUUUUGUUAACUGUGAAAUUGAGUUAUUUCUUUUAGGACUCCCUUAUCAUAUUAACAGAUUUUCAUAUUCCAGUUGUAAGUUUAAUGUCAUUUUACCUAUCACCACCUUGAUGCAAAAAGUAAGCAUUUUGUGAACUUUAGGAAUAAACCUAUGUAUAAUUCAAUACCAAUCCUAAUAGCAUAAAACUUUUUGAUUAAAUUAAGGGGUAGGGAAGUGAGAUUGGAAGGGAAGGCAGCCAACACAGGGUGGGUUAUCAGCCAGCUAACAGUGUGGGCAACUGAAGCCUGCAGUAUGGAACACACACCCAGGGUUUAGCCACCAGAGGAGUGAGGGAUUUGGGGUAUUUAUGCACCAACUCCCUUAAAUCUUUGGUUGAGGGCUGUUCCUGGAGACAUUGAUUUCAUAGCACUUUAGUAUGCCAUGUGGAUGGAAAAGCAGGCUCCAAGUUCAAGGGAAAAUUCUCAUACAGAUGUAGGCAGUUGGAAUUUAGCUGCUGAACGGCUGAUGAGUGGCUUUAAGUGGAGGCUUCUAGCCUGAAACCCAGGUCUGGCUGAUAUCAAAGCCUUGCUUUCUGAAUCAUGUGUUACUGGUACAGAUCUUUCUCAGGUUCCUCAUGACUGAGAGAAAUUUUAGACUGAGUCCACAAGGUCUUUUGGAACGCCACCUCCCUACAUCCUCUCUAGAGCUAGACAAGACUCUUUAAGAAUUAGCUGUCAAUUUGGCCUUAAUGCUCCUUAUUAAAGCCAAAUGUUUACGAUUGGCUGACGUUCAUAUUGUGUAGACCCCCCGUGUUUACUGGAUGCCCCACUCAUUGCAUAAGCUCUUUUUCAUGUGAUAUGUGUAUGAUCCAAAUGUGGAUGAAAAAUGAGGGUGGAGCCCGUCCUGGGUACCAAGCGAAGAGCAAAGUCCAUACUGUGUGGAAGAAGCAGCCUUGAACAGAACUGAGUCAAAGCACUUUCAUGCAGUUCCUCCUCUAAGACCUUAAUUUUUGACUCAUUCCUCUGCCUUUUUAAUGUGACAGACAACUAACCCCUCCUGUCGCCUUGUAAGGAGGGCUUGCGGCUUAGGUGCAGCUGUUCUUUGGCAGACAGCCACAAACGAAAUUUCAAAGUCUAAGUCUAUGUUUGCUUAAUUAAUGUAAGCAACAGAGAACUAAAUCUGAACUUUGGAAAAGGUCUAUUAAUAAUUGACAAGUAACAGAAUUGUCAGGAUGUAGAAAACAAUGCAGGAAAAAAUACCCCCCAAAACCUGGAGUUGCACUAACCUGUGAAAAUGUUCACCCGGCUUGUUUGUAUCAACGAUUAUGAACAACAUGCUAAAUCAGUACUGCGAAAGUCGAUAUAUGACUAUUAUAGGUCUGGAGCGAAUGAUGAGGAAACUUUGGCUGAUAAUGUGGCAGCAUUUUCCAGAUGGAAGCUGUAUCCACGGAUGCUCCGGAAUGUUGCUGAAGUAGACUUGUCGACUUCUGUUUUGGGGCAGACAGUCAGCAUGCCCAUAUGCGUUGGGGCUACCGCCAUGCAGUGUAUGGCUCAUGUCGAUGGGGAGCUUGCAACCGUGCGAGCUUGCAGGUCACUGGGAACCGGCAUGAUGCUGAGUACCUGGGCCACCUCCUCAAUUGAAGAAGUGGCAGAGGCUGGUCCUGAGGCGCUUCGCUGGCUGCAGCUGUACAUUUACAAGGACCGUGAGGUCACCAAGCAGCUAGUGCGGCGGGCUGAGCGGAUGGGGUAUAAGGCCAUAUUUGUGACGGUGGACACCCCUUACCUGGGCAACCGCUUCGAUGAUGUGCGUAACAGGUUCAAGCUGCCACCCCAACUCAGAAUGAAAAAUUUUGAAACCAAUGAUUUAGCAUUUUCUCCUAAGGAAAAUUUUGGAGACAACAGUGGCCUUGCCACAUACGUGGCUAAAGCAAUAGACCCAUCUAUCAGCUGGGAGGACAUUAAAUGGCUAAGAGGACUGACAUCACUGCCAAUUGUUGCAAAAGGCAUUUUGAGAGGUGAUGAUGCCAGGGAGGCAGUUAAACACGGUUUGGAUGGGAUUCUGGUGUCGAAUCAUGGGGCUCGACAACUUGAUGGGGUGCCAGCCACUAUUGAUGCUCUGCCGGAAAUUGUGGAGGCUGUGGAAGGGAAGGUGGAAGUCUUCCUGGAUGGGGGUGUGCGGAAAGGCACUGAUGUUCUGAAAGCUCUGGCCCUGGGAGCCAAGGCUGUGUUUGUGGGGAGACCGAUCAUUUGGGGCUUGGCUUCCCAGGGAGAGAAAGGUGUUCAAGAUGUCCUUGAGAUACUAAAGGAAGAGUUCCGGUUGGCCAUGGCUCUGAGUGGGUGCCAGAAUGUGAAAGUCAUCGACAAGACAUUGGUGAGGAAAAAUCCUUUGGCCGUUUCCAAGAUCUGACAGUGCACAAUAUUUUCCCAUCUGUAUUAUUUUUUUCCGGCAUGUAUUACUUGACAAAGAGACACUGUGCAGAGGGUGACCACAGACUGUAAUUCCCCACUUUGAUACAAAGGGUGUCGUUCUUCUCCAACAAAAUAGCAAUCCCUUUUAGUUCAUUGCUUCUGACUUUUCAAUGGGUGUCCUAGGAACCUUUUAGAAAGAAAUGGACUUGCAUCCUGGAAAUAUAUUAACUGUUAAAAAGAAAACAUUGAAAAUGUGUUUAGACAACGUCAUCUUCUGGCAGGCUAAAGUGCUAAAAACCGAAAGAUAUCCUUUGAUAAAGUCGGAGGUAGCUAAGGCUGAGGUAGAAAGAUAUUGAUCUUACUGUUUAUUAAGUGGCAUUGCAUUUAGAUAUCCUUGAGACAGUGUUCUCAGAUUGCAAUCUCAGGUUCAAAUGGUUGGACAUGCCUGGAGAAACAGAAGAUUUGGAUUCACAACACUGAGGGGUGGCACUUGACGGAGCUCGGAUGAGUUGCUGAUAAUUUGUGAUUUUCUGGAUACUUUUUAGCACCCUGAGCUAUGCCACUUCUUUGAAUGUCGAUUUCCAUUCACAUCUUUAGUGUCUGAAUCUAUCUGAAUAUUUUAUGCUAUAUAUUGCUUCUUAAUCACAAAGAAAUAAAGCAGUUUUUGAAAAAAAAUAUAUCUGGUGCAUUUGUAACAGUAUGGAAUUCAACUAUUUUAAUCUCAGAACAUAAUUACCUCUGUGUUCCCCUUGUGCAUACCCCAU